GUGAUCAGCCCCAGCCACUGGCAGUCCGGCCAUCCUUGGAGCUUACUUAAAGGGACAAGGGGAGCCUGAGAAGCCACUGUGCUGACACUUCAGGGCUCGGAGCACCGGUACCCAGACACCAUGACUUGGUCCUUGAACCACCAGGGUUUAAUCCUCUGCUUCUGUACUCUUUUAUUGCUCCCCUCAACAUGCCUGGCAUAUGUUGCUACGCGAGACAACUGCUGCAUCUUAGAUGAAAGAUUUGGUAGUUAUUGCCCAACUACCUGUGGAGUUGCAGAUUUCCUGUCUACUUACCAAACCGGUGUAGACAAUGAUCUGCGGACUUUGGAAGACAUCUUAAGUCGAAUUGAAAACAAAACCUCAGAAGCCAAAGAAUUGAUCAAAUCAAUCCAAGUCAACUAUAAUCCCAAUGAGCCACCAAAGCCAAACACGAUAGUGAGUGCUACUAAGGAUUCCAAGAAAAUGAUGGAAGAAAUUCUAAAAUACGAGGCAUUAAUUGGAACACAUGAAUCAAAUAUUCGAUUUUUGCAGGAAAUAUAUAAUUCAAAUAACCAAAAGAUCAAUAACCUGAAACUGAAGGUAGCCCAGCUUGAAGCAAAGUGUCAGGAACCAUGCAAAGACACAGUACAAAUACAUGAUACAACUGGGAAAGACUGUCAAGACAUUGCUAAUAAGGGAGCCAAAGAGAGUGGGCUUUACUUUAUCAAACCUCUGAAAGCUAAGCAGCAGUUCUUAGUCUACUGUGAAAUUGAUGGAUCUGGAAAUGGAUGGACUGUGUUGCAGAAGAGGCUUGAUGGCAGUUUGGAUUUCAAGAAAAAUUGGAUUCAAUAUAAAGAAGGAUUUGGACAUCUGUCUCCUACUGGAACCACAGAAUUUUGGCUGGGAAAUGAGAAGAUUCAUUUGAUAAGCACCCAGUCUGCCAUACCAUAUGCAUUAAGAAUACAGUUGGAGGACUGGAAUGGCAGAACCAGUACUGCAGACUAUGCCAUUUUCAAGGUGGGACCUGAAGCUGACAAAUACCGCCUGACAUAUGCCUACUUUAUUGGUGGAGAUGCUGGAGAUGCCUUUGACGGCUAUGAUUUUGGCGAUGAUCCUAGUGAUAAAUUUUUCACAUCCCACAAUGGCAUGCAGUUCAGUACCUGGGACAAUGACAAUGAUAAGUAUGAAGGAAAUUGUGCUGAACAGGAUGGAUCUGGUUGGUGGAUGAACAAGUGUCAUGCUGGCCACCUCAAUGGAGUUUAUUACCAAGGUGGCAGUUACUCAAAAACAUCUACUCCUAAUGGUUAUGAUAAUGGCAUUAUUUGGGCCACCUGGCAAUCUCGGUGGUAUUCCAUGAAGAAAACCACCAUGAAGAUAAUCCCAUUCAACAGAUUAUCUAUUGGAGAAGGACAGCAGCACCAUCUUGGGGGAGCCAAACAGGCUGGAGACAUUUAAAAGGCCAUUUCAAAAGUGAUUUGCUUUUUUAAAAGGACUUUAUCUGAACAGAGAAAUAAAAUAUUUUUCCUAUGGGACAAUGGACUUGCAAAGCCUCACUUCAUUGUAAGAGUAAGGAAGAACCCAUGUUGAGAACUCCACUAACAGUUUUAUGCUGAUGAUAAUUUAUCUACAUGUCAUUUCAAUAAACAUUUUGUUUCCUAAUACUAGA